CGCUGAGUCCGAAAUUCAUCCCUUUAGUACAAAACCGGGUACAACACAUACUUAUAAAACCGUGUAAAGAAGGUCCCUCGGCAGUAUUGUACUUGGUUUUGGCUGACGUGGCGCCUAUGUGGCUCCGUUGACUAGGUAUUCAUUCCACGUGGCGUGGCGCUUACGUGGCAAUUCAAUCUAAAAAAAUAAAAAUCAUGGGGCCCACAUAUCAGCUACACGCAAAAUAAUAAUGAAUGGUGGGACCCAUUUGACCCCACAUGUCAUCCCUCUUCUCUCUAUCUUCUCUCUCCGGAAUCAGCUCCUCUGACUUCAGCCCUCACGACAGCAGAGAGCAGUCGAGGUCAUCCAGCCGUCCACGUUUGAUCGAACCGUCCGCCCAAAAAGCGCACGGCCGCGUCGUGAGUCUGGGCCAAGGCCGGCCCAACAAGCCUCGUCCUCCAGCGCCGUCUGUCUCGCUCCUAUUCCUUUUUACCGCGAACAGAUGCGUUUUGGCGGCCGUGCUCGCCUUUUUGGCGCCAAACGAGGCCACAGCGCCAGGCGAUCAUCUGAACCCUUCUCUUCCUUUUUUUUUCAGCACGGAUUCCACCGUUGAUCAAGCACAGGUGAAGUAAUCUGGCCUCUUCUCUUCCUUUUUUUCAGCAAAUUAUUUGAUUGUCUUCCACCUCCUCCAUUAGACAGUGUUGGAAUAAUUCAUCAAAGAAGCCUCCAGCAAAAUCUGCAUAUUUGAGAUGGAAGAAAACAGGUCUGUAAAGCUAUGGUUGUUACUUUUUUCACCAUGAUCGGGUAGAUUUUACUUGUUCGAUGACCACCAAAUCAUUUUUUUUUUGUUCCUGUAGAGUGGGUGUGCUACCUAGUUUGUUACCUGAAGUUGGCAUGGAAUUCAAUACUGUUGAUGAGGCUUGGAUGUUUUGGGUUAGCUAUGGUGGUCAAAAAGGUUUCGAGGUUAGAAAAAGGUACUCAAACAAAAGGAAAUCAGAUGGAAAGGUUAGGUCAUGCAGAUAUGUUUGUGCAAAUGAGGGUCAUAGAAAGGAGGAUAAAAGGGAUCAUCUAACAAAGUGUCCAAGAGCUGAAACGAGAACCGAUUGUCAAGUUCGCAUGGGUGUUGUGCUAGAUCAGGAGAAAGGGAAUUAUAAAGUGGCUGAUCUAGUUUUGGAACACAAUCACAUCCUUCAAUUGCCAGAAACCUCGCACUUGAUGGUGUCUCAAAGGAAAAUUUCAGAGUUACAAGGUUUUGAAAUUGAGACAGCUGACGAUGCGGGCAUUGGGCCCAAAGCAGCACAUCAGUUGGCUAGUAUCCAAGUUGGUGGCUCACUUAAUCUCAAUUGCACUCUCCGUGACCACAAGAAUUAUUUACGGGGCAAACGCCAACGAGAGAUGGUAUAUGGUCAAGCAGGAAGCAUGCUCAUGCAUUUUCAAGAUAAAAUUGCUGAGAACCCGUCAUUUCAAUAUGCAUUGCAGAUGGAUAGUGAGGAGCAAAUAGCAAACAUAUUCUGGGUUGAUGCUAAAAUGCUCACUGACUAUGCAUAUUUUGGUGAUGUUGUCAGUUUUGACACUACUUUUGGAACAAACAAGGAAAGUAGGCCUUUUGGUGUAUUUGUUGGGUUCAAUCAGUUUAGGGAAACAAUGGUUUUUGGUGCUGUUCUACUGUAUGAUGAGACAUAUGAGUCCUUCAAGUGGUUAUUUGAGACCUUCCUAAAAGCACAUAAUGGCAAGCAACCUAAAACAAUCUAUACUGAUCAGGAUUCUGCAAUGGGAAAAGCAAUUAAGAAAGUGUUUUUAGAAUCAUGGCAUGGUUUGUGCACUUUCCAUAUCAUGCAGAAUGCUGUUAAACAUGUAGCUGAACUCGAGGAUGAAGAAUCCAGUAAUUCUCCCAAACAGACUGCCGAAGAUAACGAGGAAGAACGAAGUAUUCUCGCAGAUUUUAGUGCAUGUAUGUUUGAGUACGAAGAUGAGGAAACAUUUGAACAAGCAUUUAGCACCAUAAGGGCAAAGGCGAGCAAGCAAAGUUGGUUGGAUAGUAUAUACAAGGUGAAAGAAAAAUGGGCUGAAUGUUACAUGAAGGAUGUGUUCACAUUAGGUAUGAGAAGUACACAGUUAAGUGAGAGUGUAAAUAGUGAACUCAAGAGGCAUUUCAAAUCUGAUUUUGAUAUCAUUCGAUUUCUUCAGCAUUUUGAAAGGGUGGUGGAAGAUAAAAGAGAAAAUGAGCUAAAUGCUGAAUUUGAAUCAAGGAAGAAAAUACCCAGAAUAAAAAUGAGGACACCUAUGCUAAUCCAAGCUAGCAAGCUAUACACACCAAUCAUAUUCGAAGCUUUUCAAGCUGAAUAUGAAAGAUCCAUGGUAGCAUGCACCACGGCAUUGGAAGGCAACAAUUGCUAUCUUGUGGCAAUUGGCAGUCUAGAUGAAAAUUGUACCUAUGGUAGCAUGCACCACGGCAUUGGAAGGCAACAAUUGCUAUCUUGUGGCAAUUGGCAGUCUAGAUGAAAAUUGUACCUUUGAGAAGGAGUACAAAGUUGUUGGUGAUCCUUUAGAGCAAACUAGUACAUGCGGCUGUGGGAUGUUCAGUAGAACUGGAAUAUUGUGUGCACAUGCUUUAAAAGUCCUUGAUUUGAUGAAUAUAAAAUCUCUCCCAUCACAAUAUGUACUGAAGCGAUGGACACGUGGAGCACAUAGUGGGACAGUACAAGAUAACCAUGGACGAAGUAUUAUAGAGAACCCAAGAUUAAAUGAGAUGCUUCGCUACAAAGAUAUGACCCGCAAAUUUCUCAAUUUGGCACUUCGAGCUGCCAGCCAUCCAGGGUCUACCUUGUUAGUAAACAACGCACUUGAUAUCCUUAGCAAGCAAGUUGAAGAAGAAAUCAAUGGAUUUACUGAUACCAUAGCUCUAGGUCCCACUGAUAUUACUCCUCCAAGUGACUUGGUGAGUACAGCUCGCCUAAAGAAAAAGGAGGUGGAAACAAAAACCUCAAAGCGCAAAAAAAAUUGGCUUGAUAAGCUGCACAAGUCCACAAAGAAUGGAAGUAACAAGGGAGGUAAGAGAAAGAAAAAAGGUUCAAAGGAACAAAAGACUGCAAAGACGGGAGGCAAGAAAAAGGGAAAAGAAGCAUCAGUACAUGACAAUCCAGCAGGGCAAAAUAUAUAUCCUAGUACCUCUUUGCCCAUGGAAGAAAUGUCUGAACCAUACAUGGCCAUCAACACCUUCUCUCAACUAUUGACGGGAGCAACCGUCGAUGAUCUUGAUGUUGAAUUCUAGCAAUGGAGUUUGGUUUUGGUGAAUAGGCUUUUGGUCUCUGCGGGCUGCGGCACCUGCCGAGAUUGUUCUUUUGGCACGCUUGAUGAACAGCUUGAUCUUUUGGGCAAGGUGAGCAUUUAUGCAUCCAUUGGUUGUACCUCCCUUGUUUGUUACUGAACAUGUGCAGAUGCCCCCAUUCACCACUGCCAACAGGUGCUGAACGCAGGGGAUGACAUGAUUGGUGUUGAGCACUUGGAAGAGGAUUCUGAUGGCAAGGCUCUUCUGAAAGGACGACGCUAUGCCGGAUCAAUGAACACCUUCAGUCUUUUUUAUUAACUGAAUGCACACGCCUGUGGUUAGUGUGUACAGUUUAGUAUGUCAUAUACACUUGGUACUGGACAGCAGAUAGCAAGCAUUUUGGGGGACAAAAACUGUUGGUUCUCUUGAACAGGCCAUAUGCCCAGAAUUGGAACAUAAUUUCAUUGCAGUGAUAAGUUACAAAUGGCCAUUUCAUCAUUUUGUUGGACAAGCCAUUCUCACU